GUUUAUAUUUUUGUUCAGUAUAUGUUUUCAAAGUUACCUGGACACAUCUCUGAUUAAAAUAAGGCACUAGGUCAUACUGUAAACAAACACACCCAACACUUAAUACAGCUAAUUUGUAUUGGAACAAUAAGAAACAGGUUUUUCCAUGUUUCCACACAUAAUUGGCAUAUAGGCAGAUGUAGUCUUUGUGGUAUGUCCCUUUAACAAGUCACCAGACCAGAGGAUCCCUUCUGUGAGAGAGCAAACACUAAGGGAAGCCUGCUCUCUAAGAGUUAGGUAACCCAGUGUACUGUCCAAAGCCUGGCAUAACCUGUAUGUGGAUCCUUCUGCUGGUUGUUCAUCUGCUUCAAUCCAGCACAUCCUAAUAUCUCACUAGGGUUCCAGAGAGGAGAGAGGGGCUGGAGCUGUUACAAACAUCAAAGGCAGACCGAUACUGGUUAUAAGGGAAACCACCCUCUAACCUAGUCCUGUAGAUAUGGGGAAGAUAGAGAGCAAACAACCAGCCCCGGACAUUCCCAAGAUAAUCUCAACCUGGUGGGAGAGGCUACAGAAGAAGCCACCAGCUCCAACCAUGACCAUUCCAAACAUGUACUUUAACUUCCCAACCCUGUGGGGAAGGAGAGAGAGCAAGCUACCAGACCCAGACAUACCCAGUAUAUUCUCCACUCUGUGGAGAACCCCCCAAAACCCCAACGAUUUUGUCCCUCUAUUCAACGACUGUGUGGGGAUAGCUGCAGCUAGGACCCAGGAGUACCUCCUGUUCCUGGACCCAGAGGACAAGUUCCAGCCUAGCCCGGCAGCCCUCAAUGACAUCUUUCUAAUGACCUACAUCACCCAGAGCAGCCACCUCCACAUGACCGACUCCUUCAACUGCACCACCAUGACCAAGCAGCAGCGCAUCCUCCUGGGUGCUGACUGGGUGUGGGCUGUGCUGGAGAGGCCCACCAAGAACCCCCGCAUCCAGAUCGCCGUGCAGAUCCUGCACCUGCCCGAGAGGGAGGGAGGGCCAGCCGAGGACAUCCCCCCGGAGGUGUACACUGAAUCCAUGCAGAUGGCCAAGAUGGAGUCUGCUCAUAAGAACAAGGCAGAGAGGAUGGUGGAUUUCUGUGCCUCCAUCGGUAAUGACUGCUACGCUCUCUUUCUCCUAUUUGGCCGCAAGGGCGACCCGGGCAACAUCUACGGGGUGCUGAGCAACAACUUUCAUGCUGCUAUAGGGAAGACUAAGAUCAACCGUGCACUCAUUGAGAAUUUCUUUAAAGGGUCCAGGUACUUACACACGCCCACUGGAAUGCUACAGGCUAUUGUCACCAAGAGAGAUUCUGACCCUUUAACUUUGCUCAUCAAGUUUACCUGACCAGUGUGAUCGAUGACAGAGCAGCCAUAUGGGACCUUUCAGAUGACUCUGUUUACUGUAGUGUUUCACAUGGGAGGAUGGACUGUUGUGGUUGGUGGGUUUAUGCUUGCCUGGGACUUGGGGACCCAGUGUGCUGAAAAUGGCCUGUGUCCAUGUCUCAUUUGUGGACUACUGACCCAUGCCUGCUGACAGCUGCUCACACCCCUGUGGUUAUUAUUUCUGUUAGAGCUCUAUUCAAUCAGAUCCGCUUUAGCCGACAUCCGCAUAGCGGUUCUUUUGGCAGUGUCGGAGAUGAAACUGCGUUAGAGCUGUCAAAUCCAAAAGCGGCUCCUGACAUUAUACCUAAAGCGGACAUUGCUAUUGGCUGCACAGUGUCACAUUAAGAGAAAUACCAUGCAGCCUUGUUUACAAGUUGGAACACUGGAAUGUGAGAUGGAAUCUACACCUCCAUUAAGAUGAUAGAAACCCUCAUUAUUUAGUUUAAUGAUUUUCAAUUUGAGCGUCAUUAUUUCUAUAUAGCCUACACUUUCUCCUUCUGAACUUCUAACGGAAGUGGGACUGGUGUGGCUUUGUGACAAAGAUCAAGAGCAGCUGCUCAACGAUUUGACAGCUCCAAUGCAGUUACACCUCCGACACAGCCAAAACAUCAGCUAUGCAGGUGUCGGUUAUUGCCAGUUAACGCAUGAUCUGAUUGAAUCUAGGCCUUAAUGGACUUAACACUUCACUGGCAUUGCACUUAGGUAGUUUGUGUGAAUUUCCACAUAUCUGCUAUCACUACUCAUUGACAUUAACACCUCUGUACAGCUUAUGUUGACAUGGAAACUAUGAUUUGCCACAAAAUAUUUUUGUAUUUUCUAGGAUGGACUUAAUGACUGAACACAUUGUGAUAGCUUCACCCAAAACCUAAUUCUAAGUUCAUUUGAUUAAGGUGGAUUGUUCUCUUAAAGUUGAGUCAAAGUAGGAAAUAACAGGGAGUUCAAAAAUA